AUGGAUGCCCAGAACCAAUACUACGUGUCUCGGCCUAUUUACUCCACACGUGCCUUCGAACAUGCCAAUGAAAAGAAACCCAGAGUGGCCAAGAGCUUUAGGGAAAGGCUCAGUAAUUCCUGCAGUUGCUCUGCUAAAUGUGUUUCACGGACGAUUAAGAAGUUUUUCCCGAUCCUUGAAUGGCUCCCAGCAUAUCAGAUCAGGGCCUGGCUUCCUGGUGACAUCGUAGCAGGAAUCACUACAGGAAUGGUGUGCGCUCUGCAGGGCUUGGCCUACUCACUGCUGGUGAAUGUCGGUCCAGUGUAUGGACUUUAUGCUGCUUUCUUCCCAAUACUUACCUACUUUAUUAUGGGCACAUCUAGACAUCUCUCUGUAGGUCCAUUUCCAGUUACCUGUCUGAUGGUGGGUUCAGUGGUGUUUUCUCUUACACCUAAUGAGAAGUUCCUAAUACCAUCCAAUACGACUGUGAAUGGCACAGCACUGAUGGUGGUGGAUAUACCAGCCAGGGAUGCCAUGAGACUUUCAAUAGCCACUUCUAUGACUGUCUUAAUUGGUAUUUUUCAGUUGUGCAUGGGUGCGGUCCAGGUGGGCUUCCUGGUUCGAUAUCUGUCUGACCCGCUGGUAGGAGGUUUUACCACAGCAGCUGCUUUUCAGGUUGUCGUCUCCCAGCUCAAACUCAUCUUUAACAUUGCAACCAAUAACUACAGUGGUCCCCUGGCUUUUUUCUAUACUAUUGGAGACAUAUUUAAAAACAUAAAACAAACCAACAUGGUGGACCUGAUCGCUGGCAUACUGACCAUCAUUGUUGUAAUGCUUGUAAAGGAGUUCAAUGCCAAAUAUCAAAAGAAGAUGCCAGUUCCUAUUCCCAUCGAAGUGGUAGUGACAAUUAUCGAUGCAGGAGUUUCAUAUGCACUGGACCUUAGCACCCAUUAUAAUUCUGGAAUUAUUCGCACCAUCCCAAGAGGGUUUCUUCCUCCUAGGCCUCCAGAUGCAUCACUUUUCAGCAGCUUUGUGGGUCCAAGCUUUUCCACAUCAGUGGUGACUUAUGCUAUAGCGAUAUCUGUGGCUAAAGUCUUUGCCGCAAAACAUGACCUUGUCGUUGAUGGCAAUCAGGAACUGAUAGCGUUUGGGAUCAGCAACAUUUUCUGUGGCUGUUUCUCAGGCUUUGUUACCACAACUGCACUCUCACGUACUGCAAUCCAAGAGAGCACAGGCGGCAAAACUCAGAUAGCAGGGAUAAUCUCAGCUCUGAUGGUGCUGAUAGUGAUCGUAGCUGUUGGUCCUCUGCUCCAGCCUCUUCAAAAGUCAGUGCUGGGAGGCCUUGUCGUUGCUAACCUGAAAGGCAUGUUUAUGCAAUUGCAAGAUGUGCCAAUACUCUGGAGGAAAAACAAGACCGACUGUUUAAUUUGGGUUUUUACAUUCGCCGCCUGUAUAUUUCUGGAGUUGGAUCUUGGUUUACUGACAGGCGUGGUGUUCCAGCUGGGUACUGUGGUGGUCAGAACACAGUUCCCGACCUGCUCAGCACAAGGAAAUAUACCCAGCACAGACAUCUACAAGAACAUGAAGGACUAUAAAAAUAUUUUGGAGUGUCCUGGAACAAAGAUUUUCAAAUGCACUGCACCCAUAUAUUUUGCUAAUAUUGAAUUCCUUAAAGACCGGAUCAAGCAUAUAGUGGGAUUUGAUGCUGUGCGAGUGUUCAAGAAAAGAAACAAGGCAUUAAAGAGAAUUCACACAAUGAUUAAAAAGGGGAAAUUAAAGGUCACUAAGGACGGUUUGGUACCAGUGGAGCCUCUUGGAGUGGAUAAUCAGGCGUUUGAGGCUGAACCAGCGCCCAAUCAGGAGGAUGGAGUUUCGCAGGCAGAUGCCGCCCAAAACACUAAAGAUAUUGAGCUGCAGGUGGACUGGAGCGCUGCACUGCCUGGUGACAUGAAUGUCCCCAAAGUGGACAUCCACAGCUUUGUGAUGGACUUCAGUGCUGUAUCGUUCCUGGAUGUGAUGGCUGCAAAAUCCCUCAAACUGAUCAUAAAGGAAUUUUUACGCAUUGGGGUCAACGUCUAUAUUGCCGGUUGUGAUGAUGAGAUUGUUCUGAAAAUGGAGUCAAUGGGAUUUUUUGAUGAAAUGGUGAACAGAGGCAUGCUCUUCCUCUCUGUACAUGAUGCUAUUCUCUACAUUAAGAUGGAAACUGGCAGUGACAUAGAUGACCCAAUGGCAGAGAAGAUCUCACAGCUGGUGGAUGACAAAAUGCCACCACCUUUCACUGAUGAUGAAGACUCGAUUGAGACCUACGACAAUCAACGCAUGGCUAUCCAUGGACUCUCAAACUAAGCACAAGAACAAGAUAUUCCUAAUGAGAGUACACAGG